CGAGGCGCUGGUCUCGGCGUGGCCGCGAUGGCAACUUCCAUCAGACAGCCGCUCUGCCUUAAGGUGCUCCAUCCGGGCUCCUCCACCUCAGACCUCCAGUAGACCGAGGACAGGACGAGGAUGAGGCGGGUGCAGAGGAGACGUGGUGGUCCUGUCAACUUGGACCAGGACUUUUCUUCUUACUGAUUCAUCUUCACGCCAUCUUCAUCCGCCAUGUUUGUUCCGUCCCUGGUCCUGUGGACAUUGGUGGUUGAGAUCUCAUCCCAGGUUUCCACCACAUCUAACCGGGCUGACGCGCCCCUCCUGUCCCCUCGCUACUAUCAGUACAUAGACCCAGACUCGGGCACCCGGCUGGUCUGUGACAAGUGCCCGGCAGGCACUCAUGUGUCUGCCCACUGUUCCUCCACGUCCGUUAGGGAGUGCGCCCCGUGCCCUGCGGGUACCUUCACACGCGGUGAAAACGGUGUGGUCCAAUGCCAUCGCUGCCAGGCUCCAUGUCCUGCAGGCCUCGUUGAGGAAGUACCCUGCACUGCCACCCGGGACCGUAUGUGCACAUGCCCGCCUGGCAGAUUCUUAUCGGGGGAAGGCAGCACAGAGUGUACGCCCCACUCCAUGUGCCCGCCAGGGACAAGGGUGAGAAAGCGGGGUAGUGGCACAGAAGAUGUUCUUUGCAAGCCGUGCACCAAAGGAACUUUCUCCCAUGUGGAAUCGAGAGCCCUCAAGUGCCAAGCCCACACGGACUGCCAAGCCCAAGGGCUGAUGCUGCUCACAGUGGGAACCAGAGAGACUGAUAACGUCUGCGGACCGCCGACCACAGCCCCCUCAUCUUCCGUUCCACAUUUAGCAACAUCGCUGAAAGAUCACAAAGGCUUCAACAGCCGGUCAGCAGCCAUUCAACAAAUGAAAAACGAAGAUGGGAAACCAGAGAGAACACAUCUAAGUCAAGAUAUCCGCACCAUUCCCCCAACUCAGCAGCCCUCUCCGACUUUGCCUUCCACAGCUCGCAGACAACUGGUGGCUGUCACACACCGGUGGGACCAACCAAAUGGUGACUCUUUGCAUGGUCCUCACAAGCAGACAGUAGAAGUCUUAGAGGGUUCAGAAGUCAGGGUAGGUAAGGGGGUCAGUAAGAUCGCUGUGCGGUUUAACAGAGACGGCGGAGGCUGGGUUUCCAACUACAACAGGUCCACUCGGAGAGGUUCCCCCCGGCCGAGCACCCACGAUAACUUUGACAUCAACGAGCACCUGCCCUGGAUGAUCGUUCUGCUGCUUCUGCUCGUACUGGUGGUGAUUGUGACGUGCAGUGUCACUCAGAGCUCCCGUGUGCUGAAGAAAGGCCCCGUGCACGACCCCAGCAGCAUCAUGGAGAAGGGACUUUGCAAGAAACCGCCAGUGCCCCCUGUGCAGGUCAAAGACAAGUGGAUGUACUACUCCAAUGGACAAGGGGUGGACAUCCUGAAACUGAUCGCCGCUCAGGUUGGUCCUCAGUGGAUUGACAUCUACCAGUUGCUGGCCAACGCCACAGAACGUGAAGUGGCUGCCUUCUCCAACGGCUACUCUGCGGAUCACGAGCGGGCGUAUGCCGCGCUGCAGCACUGGACCAUUCGCGACGGUGAUGCCAAUCUGGCCAAGCUGAUCAACGCCUUGCAUAGGCAUCGCCGAAUUGACGUGGUAGAGAAGAUCCGGCUGGUCAUGGAGGACAAUCCACAGUUUGACCUCAAGCAGCUGAUGACUUCAGCCAAUGGAAGCCAAAGCCUCAGUCCAAUCCACAAACAGCCUUUACAGUCUCCCGGCAGCAGUGCGCUGGAGCAGUCACCCGGCAGCAGUGCUGCAGGUGCGGUGGAGCAGUCACCCGUGGACCGGACCAAAAGUUUCUUCCACGACGAGUCGGAGCCGCUACUCCGCUGCGACUCCACCUCCAGCAAGGACUCGGCCCUCAGCAGGAACGGCUCCUUCAUCACCAAAGAGAAGAAAGACACUGUGCUUCGACAAGUUCGCCUUGACCCUUGCGACCUCCAGCCCAUCUUUGACGACAUGCUGCACAUUCUCAACCCUGACGAGCUGCACAUCAUCGAGCGCAUCCCCGCCGCCGAGGACAGGCUGGACCAGCUUUUUGAGAUCGCCGGCGUCAAAAGUCAGGAGGCCAGUCAGACCCUGUUGGACUCGGUCUACAGCCACCUCCCUGACCUUUUGUAGAGGCGUGGCCAAACUCAGACGCUUGGAAACAUGAUCUACUUCCUGCAAUGAUCUUUACUCUCCGCUUCUUUGCCUUCUCCUUAUCAUUAUUCCUUCAGCCAGCAUGAGCCAGGGUCCAAUCCUAAUGUUCAAAAAAGGCUUUAUCUCCACCAAAUGUACGGACUACAUGCCCAUUGUUGGUGGAGAGCAGGGGUGUCCAAACCUCUUGACUUGGGGGCCACAUUGGGCUAAAAAAAUGUGGCCGAGGGCCGAAAGCAUGUAAAGUAACAAUGAAUGAAUGAAUUAAUUAC